AUGGAAACCCUAUCGAAAGCAAUCAAGGAAGCACGAGAUUGGUCUUUAGCUCAACUCCCUCACCCAAAACCCCAAACCGGAUACCCUAGUAUCGCCCAGGAUCCGAUCAACGACCCAUCUCAAGCUUGCAUGUAUACAGAUGCAGCUUGGAACCCUUUGUCGAAACGCGCUGGACUCGGUUGGAUCAUCGAUGAUUCUGGAUCUACCACAACAUAUUCAGCGACCUCCCCUUUUGUGGCGUCGCCCCUUAUUGCGGAAACUUUGGCUCUUCGAGCAGCCAUGAUCUCUGCCAACACUCGUGGAAUUACCGCUCUCUGUGUCUACUCUGAUUCUUUAACCCUCAUCAAGUUGGUGAAAAAGAAAGGAAGAAACCUAGAGAUCGCUGGAAUUCUCAAUGACAUUUAUCUCUUCUUCCAUAAAUUUAUUGCUAUUCAGUUUAAGCAUAUCCCUAGAGCUGAUAAUAAUAGAGCUGACUCUAUUGCCAAACAGGCUCUAGGAUUAAUGUAUGAACCUUAA